UACUUUGCUUCACACUUUUUCAUGGGAGGUGAGAAAUUCGACACCCCUCACCCUGAAGGUUAUCUCUUUGGAGAGAACAUGGAUCUGAACUUUCUGGGCAGCCGCCCAGUUCAGUUUCCCUAUGUCACUCCUGCCCCCCAUGAGCCAGUGAAGACGCUGAGGAGCCUGGUGAACAUCCGCAAAGACUCCCUCCGGCUUGUGAGGUACAAAGACGAUGCUGACAGCCUCACCGAGGACAGUGAGAAGCCCCGGGUGCUCUACAGCCUGGAGUUUACCUUUGACGCCGAUGCCCGAGUGGCCAUCACCAUCUACUGCCAGGCCACGGAGGAGUUCCUGAACGGCAGGGCAGUGUACAGCCCCAAGAGCCCCCUGCUGCAGUCCGAGACCGUUCACUACAAGAGAGGGGUGAGCCAGCAGUUCUCCCUGCCUUCCUUCAAGAUGGAUUUCUCGGAAUGGAAGGAUGAUGAGUUGAACUUUGACCUGGACCGUGGUGUGUUUCCAGUGGUUAUCCAGGCCGUGGUGGACGAAGGAGACGUGGUGGAAGUGACUGGCCAUGCCCACGUACUCUUGGCUGCCUUUGAGAAGCACGUGGACGGCAGCUUCUCAGUGAAGCCUUUAAAGCAGAAGCAGAUCGUGGACCGAGUCAGCUACCUCCUGCAGGAGAUCUACGGCAUCGAGAACAAGAACAACCAGGAGACCAAGCCCUCAGAUGACGAGAACAGCGACAACAGCAACGAGUGUGUGGUGUGCCUGUCCGACCUGCGCGACACGCUGAUCCUGCCCUGCCGCCACCUGUGCCUCUGCACCUCCUGCGCUGACACACUGCGCUACCAGGCCAACAACUGCCCCAUCUGCCGGCUGCCUUUCCGGGCCCUCCUGCAGAUCCGGGCAGUGCGGAAGAAGCCAGGAGCCCUGUCCCCUGUGUCCUUCAGCCCUGUCUUGGCACAGAGCUUAGACCAUGACGAGCACUCUAGCUCUGACAGCAUCCCACCUGGCUACGAGCCCAUCUCCCUGCUCGAGGCACUCAAUGGCCUCCGGGCCAUCUCUCCAGCCAUCCCCUCGGCGCCUCUCUAUGAAGAAAUCACCUACUCGGGCAUCUCGGAUGGCCUGUCCCAGGCUAGCUGUCCACUUGCCGGGAUGGACCGAAUCCUGGAAAGCAGCCACCAGAAGGGCAAGCCACGGAGCAAGUCCCCCGACAGCACCCUGAGGUCCCCAUCAUCCCCCAUCCAUGAAGAGGACGAGGAGAAACUCUCAGAGGAUUCAGACGCUCCUCCCCCGCUGGGCAACGCAGAGCUGGCGCUGAGGGAAAGCAGCUCCCCCGAGAGUUUCAUCACAGAAGAGGUUGAUGAGUCAUCGUCCCCGAAGCAAGGGAGCCGAGUGCCGUCCAUCGAUAACGUCCUGCAGGACGGAAGCCCCGAGCACUGUGGCCACAGCCCACAGGGCCCACCUACUGACAUCUUCCUGCCAGGAUGGUCCACCUCCAUGGAGACGGUCCACAGCCUGGGCACCACCAACCUCCCCUGGCCUCCACGUGGUGGCCCCAGCCCCGAUCCCAGUGCCGCCGAGCUGACCCCUCUCUGAGAGCCCGGCCAGGCCAGCAGAUUGGAGCCCUCGGCUCCCAGACUUGGCCGAGGGGCUGCCCUGGACCCCACCAUCACCCUGGCCCCUCCUGUUUGCAUGCCCCUUUUGGCCGCCAGGCUCCAAGGGGCCUUGGUGACCCUGAUCAAAGAGCACAGUGGAUUGUUCCCUCCUACCCUUUUUCUAUGGUUGAUACAUUUGUUCCUGGUACAAAAUGAAGGACAGCAGCUUCCCAUCCCGGGCAUCCAUUCCCCAGUGCCCCGCUGGCUGAGCGGCUGGGACUAGGGGCUGCCCCCAUGUCGCCGGGACUGGCGUCACUUGGACCCACCAGCUGGGGGCAGGGUCGAUGCCCUGAGAACUCAGCAAACCUGCAGAAGAGAAUUUAUUGGGGGUGAAAAGCUGUCUUCACAGAUGCUCGGGGCAGUGGUGGGUACAAGUCACGGUCAAUGAAGGAAACAGUGCCUGUCCGCUCACCCUGUGUGUCAUCCCCGGCGGCCUGGCUGUUGCUGCUACUUCUCGCCCUUUGCUGUGCUUGUCAUGGCCCUGGCAGUUCUCUCUGGCACUCUCUGCCACCACCUCUCCCGCUCUGGGCUUUGGGGGCUUGUAGCCCUUCCCUGGGUGGCCAGAGAACGUCUGCACGUGUGCCUGCGGGUGGACCUGACUGAGGGUGGAGGCACAGCCAUUUGUGGCAGUCACUGUCUGGCAGCCCCGUUGCCAAGCCCGUGCCUUCUCCCAGAUCCUGGCUUUAGCCGCUUCAGGCCCCUGGGGGAAGUGCCCACCUAGGGUGUGGGGUCCCAGCCCUGAUAAUUUGCCUCGGAGGCAGCCUCAUCCUUUUUAAAUAGAAACUUCUUGAGCAACAAAGGCAAAUGGGGUGCCGGGCCUUCAGCAGGGCCCUGAGCCGGGCAGGUGUGCACAGCUGCCUGGGCCUGGGAGUGGGGAGAGCCCGCUGCCCAGAGGGAGGGCCAGGGGAUGGUCCCCAGCAGCCACAGGGCCCUGCAUGCCCUGGCGUGGCCACAGCACCUCCCCGAAGCUCGGGGUUGCUCUGAGCACCAGCGCUGCCCAGCAGGGCACCCGGAGAACCACUGUCCUCACAGCCCCCUCCGGGCUGGCCAGCCUUCCCUUGUCCCCACACUCAGGCGGUGGCCUCCCUCCCUCACGCCGCUCCUCUCCUGCCAAGGCCCAGCCAGAGGCCAUCGGUGCCAGCGCCAGGGCUUUGCGUGAAGGACUGGCUGCAGACCGGCCGCCUGGGACUUCAUGUGCUGUCAUCUGAUGUGCUCAGAUGGCUCACAGUUUGUUCGUUUUUACUGUAUAUUUAUAGUAAUAAAAUCAUGCAGCAAUA